AUGGAGCAAAGUUCUGGCGUUCGUCAUAUCAAGACUGACGCAGAAAGGUCGGAGGAGGAAGAAGAGGGAGCUGGUCCAUCGGUACCGGCGAAGAAGAAUCGUCGUAACAAAAGUUGGGUGUUGAUCAAACGGUGCUAUAAUGUACAAGAAGCAGAGAAAUUUGUGAGUAAUGAAAAGACUUGGUCAAGAAAUUAUACUCGGGACAGUGAUGAAGGCCAAAAACGUUUCUAUCGUUGUAACAAGAUAAAAUCCAAGGGGCCACAGUGUGAUUGUGCGUUGUAUUUAUUGUUUGUGAACGACUGUAAUGAUAUUCUUAUUUGUAAGACCACUUCAGAGCACAAACAUGACCAGAUUGGUACGCGAAGUGAGUACGGAAUUCCGGAAAACGUUAAAAGAGAAAUAAAUAAGCUGUUUGAUUUAUGCCUAAAGCCAAAAGCUAUAUUAGAGGCUCUAAACAACAUGACAGGGAUAAAGGCGCCUUCAAAACGGCAUCUUAACAACUACUUAUAUGACAGAAGGCGCGAGAAGUUCGGAAGAGCUGCAAUUUACUUAGGUGAACUUGAAAAAUGGAUUUUCGAUCGAAAAACUAUUCCCGAUGAUGAAAAUGAAGUUUUCGUGUUCAGAUAUCACGUGAUAGAAGCGGAAGAACCAAGUUUUCGUCUGGCAUUGUCAACUAAAAAAUUACUCAACAUAGUUUGUUCCGCGGACAUACUGCACAUAGACGCCACAUACAAACUCAUAUGGCAAGGGUUCCCCGUUUUAGUUCUUGGUACCACUGAUAAGAACCGCAAGUUCCAUCCGCUUUGUCUUGGUGUGUCCACGAAUGAACGUCAAGAAGAUUUUCAAAUGAUUUUUGAUGGCCUUAAAGAAAAGGUUCUGUCUUUAUUUGAUCACGUGAUGCAACCUAAAGUUUUAGUUUGUGACGCUGCUCAGAGUAUAAGAAAUGCUUUCAUCGCAGUUUUUGGUACCACACCAGUUAUUCUAAAGUGCUGGGCUCACGCGAAGAAAAAUAUGGACCAAAAAGUACAGAAAACCAUCAACAAUAAAACGAAACAGAAAGAAAUCAUACAAGACAUAGACGCACUACAUAAUGAUACAUCAUAUUAA